AUUUCCUGCCCUCCCUAGCGCUGUUCGUCUUGACCCACGAAAAGCCAGCGAUGCUUCUCCGUGGGACUCUAUGGAGCCGCGCGAGGCUGCCAGUGAGGCUGCCAGAGGCUCAGAGGUGUGCCAGAUCGAUAGCAGUGAUGAGAAUCCGGCAGUGGAGGCGUUGAGAAGCAAAGGAAAGAAGAAGGCGGAAGUGGCGUGGUAGAGUCACAACUGUGGCAUGCUGUUUGAAGCCACCCAGGAGAAGCGUCUCAAGAAGAAGAGGAAAGAGAAGAAAAAGAACAAGAAGAAGGUCAAGAAAGACAAGAAGGAAAACAAGAAGGCGAAGCGGAAGCGAGAGAAAGUUCAAGGUCCUCGGUUGCCAACUUCGUCAUCGUCCUCGACCAGCUCGUCAGUGUCAUUCAAUUCUGUGGCCCAACGCUUCGCUCGGGCUGCCGAAGCUGGCAGCAUGAUGAUGGCGCAGUAUUUGGUCAGGCGUUAUGGUUUUUCAUGGGCCAACGCCCGCGGAGAGGGAGCUUUACACCUUGCAGCUCGUUCGAAUCAGCCGGGUCUUAUGGCUUGGCUGCUGAGUCAACCUCAAGCUGAGCCGGUGCUGGAAACUCGCAACUCUGCGGGCGAGUCCCCCUUGCUUUUGGCAACGCGCCUGUGCCGUGGGUGCGUGGCCAUGCGUUUGGUGGAGGCGCUGGCAGAUCCUGGCGCUUGCGACGCACAAGGAGAGUCAGCAGAGUCUUUGGAUUUGGAUGGAUUGCUCCGGGAGGCUGAACGAGAUGAAACCUGUCGACACGCCGCCAAGGAGGAUCAGCUUCUACAAGCAGUUGCAGCAGCGCGGCGAAAGCGUGAGGAAGCCGAUUGGCGUCGGCAGCUGUUAGAGAUGAUCGGCCAGGAAGAUGAUGACUUCUGCCGGUUUGAAUCGCACGAAGACCUCGAAAGCAGGGACACUGGUCGCCCAGAGAGUUGGAUGGAUGAUAUUGCGGCAGAGGCAGAAGCCCGUGCGGCCAAUGCCAACAGCAUGUCCCGCAUUUUAGCAGCGAAAGCAAAAGCGGAGAAGCCAACUGAAGCUGGCAUCCCUGAUCCUGGCGACAGCGAACGGCCAAAGAAGCCACCACCAAGUGGCGAAGGAGAGGCCAAGAAAGGGCCACGUCCCGACCAAAAGCCAAGUCACCAGGACCCUGAGAUGGAGGCUCAAGCACGUGUGGCCGCACGAGCCAAGGACGAGGCACGAUGGAAGCUUUUGGAGGAGAUGACUGCAGAGGGCGCAAAAGUGAUUCUGCAAGAGGCGAAGAUUCCAUGGCCGUCCGGGCCACUGGAGAAUCCCUUGCGAAUCGAUCCUGAAGGGCAUCCAAAGGUGGUGCGAUCUCAACUGCGCGCGGGCCUUCUCAGGUGGCAUCCUGACAAGUUCCAGCAGAAGUUUGGACAGUUCCUGCCAUCUCUGGAGAAGGAACGCAGCGCCAUCCUGGCGCGGGUCAAGGCUCUAGCGCAGCAGCUCACUCGGCAGAUGGCCGAGCUCCCAGAUCCCUAGGCCCCCAAAGGCACCUUCGAAAUGGAGGUGCCGUGUUCGGUGCAGCCAUGCCAUGGCUGAGAGCGAACGCCCGGAAAAUGAGAGAAACUCCAGCAUCGCGAACUGAAGGGGUGAACAAACCUACUAGCGAUGGCCUCCCUUGACAAACAAAAUACAUGCCUCUUGGAAGGAGCCCUAAUCAGAGAUCAAAAGGAUUCUUAUAUUCUUUUUCCCCACCUGUCGAGGGUCUCUAGGUGUCCGUGCUUCUUCCGCCCAUCCUCCAUUUGUCCUCCCGCCUUCCUUUCCUCCUCGUCCGGUGGCGUGCUCCGGGCUGAUGGUGCGCACUGGACGUUGG